AUGACCAUCGACAUCAAAGAAGUCGACGCCGUUGUCGUCGGAGGCGGUUUCGCCGGUGUACGCCUCGCCCACUUAUUCAAGAACAGACUCAAUCUCCCCAAUGUCGUCGGCAUCGACAGGGGGAGUGACAUCGGCGGAACCUGGUUCUGGAACCAGUACCCCGGCGCACAAUCCGACAGCGAGAGCUGGGUGUAUACGUUCUCCGACAACGGGGAACCCAAGUGGACGAACCGCUACUUGAACUCGAAGCAAGUCCAAGCCCAGAUCAAAGACACGGCGCAGCGAACAGGGAUCUACGACAGCUUCAUUUUUGAGAAUGAUGUUGUGUCUGCGCAUUACGAUGCGGAGCGGAACCGGUGGGAGAUUGCCACUGAUAAAGGGCUCAGGUUCUCGGCGACGUACUUUGUUGGUGCCCUGGGGAUCCUCAGUCGUCCGAAUCUGCCGAAAUAUGCUAUUGCCGAUGCAGAUGUCUUCCAGGGCCUGGCGUUCCAUUCAUCGCGCUGGCCUAGGGAUCUCGAUGUUACUGGCAAACGUGUCGCUGUGAUCGGGACGGGCCCAUCUGGGAGUCAGAUUGCAGCUACAGUUCAUCCAAAGGCCAAGCAACUUACCGUCUUUCAACAGCGGGCGCAGUAUAUAACGCCCGUCAACGACCGGCCGAUUCCAGAUGACGAAAAGGCAAAGAUCCAAGAGAACCACAAGAGCCUUUGGGAAACGGUAUUCGGCUCCCUCUACGCCAUGGGAUACAACGAAAGCCAGAAAUCGGCGCUUGAAGCAACGCCCGAACAGCGCAAGGAGGUAUAUGAAACCCUCUGGAACAAGGGCGGCGGAUUCAGCUUCUUCUUUGAAUCCUUUGCGGAUCUCGGCACGAACUUCGAGGCGAACGAGACCGCUGCAGCCUUUAUCCGCGGCAAAAUUGCAGAAAUCGUCAAGGAUCCCAAGACUGCAAAACUUCUCCAGCCAGAGGGCGCGUACGGUGGUCGUCCGCUCUGUGCACAUGCAUACUAUGAAGCGUUUAACGAGCCGAAUGUGGCGCUGGUUGAUAUUGCCAGUAACCCUGUUGCCAAACUUACCAAGACCGGCCUUCAGCUCCAGGAUGGCCAGGAGCUGGAGUUUGAUGUUAUUGUCUACGCCACCGGGUAUGAUGCCGUUGACGGCGCAUAUGGAACGAUUGAUAUCACCGGACGCGAGGGACGCAAGUUGACCGAUGCGUGGAAGGACGGGCCAAAUGCCCUAUACGGCCUCAGCGUUGCAGACUUCCCUAACCUCUUCACUGUUUCUGGCCCUGGGGGUCCGUUUUCGAAUAUCCCGCCUGCGAUUGAAGUCCAGGGAGAUUUUGUUGCUGAGUUGGUCGAGGAGAGUGUCAAGAGAGGCGGUACUAUCGUUGAGGCACAGCCAAAGCCGCAGGAGCAGUGGGAUGAGACUGUCCAGGCUGUAUCGAAGCAGACGGUGUUUGACAGUGUCAAGUCGUGGAUUCAGAGUAACAAUGUCGCAGGGAAGAAGAAGUACAGUGCGUUCUUCCUGGGAGGGCUGUCGAACUAUAAAGCCAAACUGGUCGAGGAGGCUGAUGCGAAGUAUCCCUCGUUCGUGUUUGGGUCUGCUUGA